AUGGCAGAUACCAUGCAGGCAGUUGUGUUCCACGGCAAGGGCGACAUCAGAAUCGAAGAAGUCAAUGUCCCAAAGCCUGGUGCCAAAGAACUGAAACCGGCUUUUGUUGGAAUUUGCGGGACAGAUAUAGAUCUUCACGAAUAUCUUGAGGGUGCUUUCCUGAUCCCGACAACACCUCAUCCUGUGACUGGCAAAAGUGCCCCGGUCAUCAUUGGCCAUGAGUAUAGUGGCGUUGUUUCGGACGUCGGUGAUGAGGUUGAUGAUCUCAAGCCAGGCGACAGGGUAGUUGUCCAACCGAUCAUUUUUGACGGAACAUGCAGUUCUUGUCAGAGAGGUCUGAUCAAUUGCUGCUCCAACUCUGGAUUCAUCGGCCUGAGUGGAAUCGGAGGGGGGUUGGCCACGUACACGACUGUCCCACGAUAUGCGGUCUUCAAGAUUCCUGAUAACAUACCCCUGCAGGUUGCCGCCCUGGUGGAACCCUUGGCUGUGGCCUGGAACGCUGUACAGCAGAGCAACUUCCAGCCUGGUGACACAGCUCUCAUCCUCGGUGCUGGCCCUAUUGGCCUAGCCAUUCUCCAAGUUCUCAAGAGCAAAGGUGCAAGUCAGGUCAUUGUUACCGAGACCGCAGACAAACGACGAGAGUUUGCGACCAAUUUUGGGGCUACCACUGUUUUAGAUCCUACAAAGACGAAUGUGGGUGAAGAGUGCAAGAAUCUUUGCGCAGGAGAAGGCGUUCAAGUCGUUUUUGACUGUGCCGGCGUUCAGAGCACUCUGGAGACUGCACUCGCUGCAUCUAGACCCCGAUCUGUCAUUGUGAAUGUAGCCCUCUGGGCUACCGAGGUUACCAUCUCGCCUAACUAUUUUAUGUUGAAUGAGAGAACUUUCAAAGGCUCGGCAACAUAUACGGCAUCGGUAUUCCAGGAGGUUAUCGAUGCUCUUGCCCGCGGUGAUCUGAACCCGGAGCCAAUGAUUACUAGUUUGAUUGAGAUGGAUCAAAUUGAGGAAAAGGGCUUCAAAACGCUGAUUAACUACAAGGACACUCAAGUUAAGAUAUUGGUUCGCGUUUAG